AUGGGACGCAGGAAAAUUGAUAUAUCCAGAAUCACAAACAAUAAUAUGCGCCGUAUUACGUUUAACAAACGCAAAUUUGGUAUCAUGAAGAAAGCUUAUGAGUUAAGUGUAUUAUGUGAUUCUGAAGUAGCUAUCAUUAUUUUCAACAAUUGCAAUAAUAAGCUGUACCAGUACGCUAGUACAAAUAUGGAUGAAAUACUACUUAAAUAUACUGAAUUUAGUGAACCAUUCGAAUCAUUGACAAAUACUUAUUUUAUUGCUCAACAAAAUAAGCAGGAAAACGAUGGAAGUUGUAAAUCUGUCGAUUCAUAUGUUGUCGAUGAGCCUAAAGUGAAUACUAUAACUCAACCUAAACAAUAUAAAAUGAAAUCCACUACUCAAAAGACAACUCAACCUAAACAAUUUAAAAUAAAAUCCACUACUCAAAAGACAACUCAAUCUAAACAAUUUAAAAUGAUAUCCACUACUCAAAAGAUAGAAGACAUCGAUGUUUCUGGUGGAGCAAUUAGAAUUCUUAAGGCACAUGGGAUGAAAAUAAUGGCUGAUAAUGUUGGUAAAGAUGACAAUGAUGAUAAAGGUAGUAAUAGUUUUGAAAAAGAAUUUAUGCCUGAAAAUGAAGGUCCAGAAGAUAUAAGAAAAUUGCCAGAUAAUAACUUUAUUAAUAUUACUAAACGAGUUACUUCUAGUGACUCAGAUAUGAGUGAUAACGAGUUAAAGAUUGAUAGUGGUGCUGAUGAUGAUUUUGAAAACAUGGAUGACAGUUUACAUACUAAUAUAGAAAUCACCUCACGGCAACAAACUUUACUAAAUAACCCAAUAACUGAUGAUGAAAUCAAAACUGAAGUAAGUGAUGAUGAUGAUGAUGAUGAUGAUAUUAUAUUAAACAAAGAUGACAAUAAUCUACACGAAGAACUGAAAAACUAUAAAAAUCCACAAUUCAUGUCAAAUGUUCAAAUACCACUAUUAAUACAAAAUACUCACUCAAGUUUAGACAAAAUUCUAAAUAAAUCUCCUAAAAGUAAACCUGGAAAUAAUAUAAGGUACCGUCGUGGUAAUAUUCUAAGAAGAAUCUCUAAGAACAUGAUAAAAAGAUCACCGCAAAAAGCUUUGGAACUUCAAAAUAAAGUAUCACAAAUAGGACAGGAAAGCAGGACAGAAGAGUUUAUGCAAGGUUUACACAACGUACCUAUACAGGUCCAAAACAAUUUGUUUAUGACGACUUCUGAUAAUAAAAUAAAUAAUGAACAAAUGUCACAAAGCAGUGAUACAAAUUAUUUUUAG